AUGGAGAACAAGGGUUCAAGCACAAGAGCUUCUGCGACGCCACCAACGGAGCCAUUCAUACCGGUGGCGAAUGUGGUGAGGAUUAUGCGGCCUGUGGUACCGCCGCACGGAAAGAUUGCCGAAGAUGCAAAGGAGAUUGUGCAACAUUGUGUCUCGGAGUUCAUUAGUCUGGUAACGGCUGAAGCGAACAUGCAAUGUCAGAGCGAGUGUCGUAGAACGAUCACCGCCGAUGACAUUCUGCGGGCCAUGGGAAAGCUAGGGUUAGAUGAGUAUGUUAACACCCUAUCCCUUUACAUUUUACGUUAUCGUGAGGCGGAGUCAUUGGGGAUGGCCGUCCCAUCGAGACGACCAAUGAUGACUUUUGGGCCGAUUCAAGGCCCAACGGGCCAUCUGGCUUUGCAGGCCCACAAUGCUGUUGGGGCGCAUGGACCGUUGAAUGUUAUGAAUGGAAAAAGAGGAAGGGAUGAUUUUUCCAACUCAAGUGACCCCAAUGCUGCUUCUGCUUCUGGUUCCGGACCUGGACCUAGACUUGGACCCAGACUCGGAGCCGGACUUGGACCCAGACCCGGACUUGGACCCAAACCCGGAGCUGGACUUGGACCCAGACCUGGAGCUGGACUUGGACCUAGACCUGGACCUGAAGGUCCUAAUUGA